AUCAUGAAAUGUGCUGUGUGCAGCUGUUAACUUCUAGUCAUAUCAUGGAGAACCAAAUGGAUUUGCAGGGGUUUUGGAAUGCGAUAUCGAUUUUGAUCAAUAAUUAUCACACAGUAAAUAGGAAAAUAUGUGCUUGCGUCAUAAAUGAAGUGAGAGUUAAGCCAGGUGUUUCCAAUGAGGACAACAAUGUGGACAAAGUGUCUUUAGGUAACCUAAAAAAUGUAUCUGAAGUUCCUGCGAAAUGUUCAGGAUUUGAAAUUGAUUUCAAAUGUCUCCAUAAAAAGAGCAAAGAUGCCAUACAUGCCACUGGAAUAGUGGAUUUUCCAAAAAGUAUCUUUCGUUUAUCGUUCGAUUCCGAUGAUAUAGACGAUUUCCAAGUAAGCUUCUGUGAUGGUCAUCUUGGCGUUGUGAACUUGAAUCCACUUGCAGAUACCGAAAAAGGCGAUCGAUGGUCCGAAUAUAUUCUAAAGCCUAAACUGACAAAGUGGUCCAAAGUUAGCAUUGACAACGUGAGUGGCGGAUCAUUGCGUUUAGUGGACAUCGAAAAAUAUAAUACUCUAUACAACGAAUUUAAACGAAAAUACAGCGAAAAGGCAAUGAUGUUUUGGAAUGAUGCCAAGGAAUCUACAGACCCACUGAAAUUCAUUUACGAAGACUUAGCUAUUGCUGCAUAUUUGAUCGCUUUAUGGCAAAGCGACUCGAUGGGUCAUUCUCCCGUGUCAUUCGCCGACUUGGGAUGUGGUAAUGGUCUCCUAGUUUACAUUUUAAACGAAGAAGGAUACAAGGGCUAUGGUUAUGACGUAAGAUCUCGUAAAAUCUGGUCAGUUUUACCCUACUGGGUUGCAAACAACCUUAGGGAGGAAACUAUUGACCCUGGCACAUUUCAUCUUCCACCUGAGGUAGAUUGGAUUAUAGGCAACCAUUCAGAUGAAUUAUCUCCUUGGAUGCCCGUGUUGGCUGCAAAAAGCCACUACCGAAUGAAUUAUUUUCUUUUACCAUGUUGCGCUUUUGAAUUCUCUGGUCGGAAGUUCCAACGAAGAAAUUCCUCCAUGUCCACUUACAACGAUUUUUGUUGCUAUGUCGAAAGCAUAUCAAAAGUUUGCGGGUUCGAGACGGAACGAGAUCGUCUGAAAAUCCCAAGCACAAAACGCAUUGCAUUUAUUGGUCGAAGACGCCGGUACUCAUCCACAUCGCAUUUAAGUCAAAUCGAAGAAAUCAAUCAUUUUGUGAAAAGAGAGAAACAGCUCUUUCCAAACAACGACAACAUUGAAAUUAAACUGCGAGACAAAGUUGAAACGGUACGUAAUUGUACACAAAUCGACAAAACUGUGAUAGAAGGUAUAGUCCUGAAGAUAUUUGGGCUUCUUUUGAACGAAACAGAUGCUUCACCGAGACAAGACUUAACCGGUGCCGAAUGGUUAGCAGGCCGCUCAUUGGCAAUGUCUGAAAUUGCUAGCGGCCUACAAAAGGAAGACUUAAAGCAAAUCAAAUCGGAAUGUGGUGGUCUUAAGACAUUGCUACGAAAUAAGCAUGAAAUAUUUGAACUUUUCAAACCAGAUAUAGUUAAAAUACGGAAACCUCAGCAACUGCAAAAAGUGUGCAACAAAGUGCAAACAGUAAAAAAACGGCCUUGUUUCUUCUAUACGAAUCAUCCUCAAGGCUGUCCAUUACCAGCGGAUGCUUGUAGUUUUAUACACUGACAUUGGCUUGUCACUGAAACUUAUAUUUUUUAUUGAACCAAGAAUAUAGGGUUUACAUUUACAUGUUUAUGAAAAUGUAUGAAGAAUAAGAUAAAUAUACGCUAUGUUUUAGUUA